GAUCAUCGUGGAGCUCUGAUGGCGUAAUCUGCUUCCAACUCGAGUUUUUCUCAGUUCCUGAGCACAUCUGUGUGAUACAUGCAACAGAAAUGCCUGUGAGAUCCGUCGAUGGACAGCAGGGAGGCUAACCUUCCGGCAGACAGCAACCAUGAUUCUAAUCUCUACCGUUCAUUCAACGCAACCACGUCGUCCUCUUCAUCUUCCUUCACUUCUUCUCCCCCUGACUUCCUUCGUAACGUUCAAGCCGCCUUCAAGCGCCAUCGUAUGAUGCCACAGUUGAACAAUCUCCAACCAAGACGUUUAGUGGUUCCGCGACAGGAAACAUCAAAGAGCUUAAUAGAUUCCAAAAAGACUGAUAAAUCUCAUGAUGUUUCAGUGAAACAAAGAGUGCAGGAUUCAAGUGCACAGACUAAGAAUAUGAUGACUGUUACUACUGUAAAUCAGGAAUAUGCUUCAAUUACACCACCAUUUAUUUCAGGUACACCUACUGAAGAAGGAAAAUUUAAAUCAAUUGAUGCUCAGAGAGGUCAACCCAGUUUCAGCUGUGAUUGUAGAAGCAGCAAUAUGGUGGAUUUUCCAUGCUUAAAAUGCGGACAUGUUCUACUGGUUGAUGGUCCAAAGAAGGUUCAGUUUGCAUUGGGAAAUGACCCGAGAUCGCAUGGGUCUGAUGACCACAUGGACACAAGAAUAGGCAACUUAUUGACUCAUAUGAGUUCACUUGCAUUGACAGAAAUGGAAUGCGACGUAAGUAAUCAACUAGAUGGCUCAACUGCUCCCAGUCAUGAUGCGAAUAACCAGAAUUUUCAUGAUUUGGAUCAUCAGAUUAAUCCUUUAAGAAACUUUGUACAUAGUGAAUUUGGCCACCACGUGACUCAAUCUUCACUUGUUGGCGCUACUAGUGCUACCACAACGCUAGUGAAUUCAGCAUCUGCUCCCAAGCUUACUUCAACAACUCACAAUUCCCGACCUCAACACAAUAACUUUCACGCUGGCAACUCAUUUGAUAGCUAUCAAGGUGUGGCACAUAUUGAUACUGGGAACCCACCAAAGCUUUUGCCCAAGUAUAGUAGUAAAAUGUUAGCUGAUCAGACUCCCUCUGCUGCAGUAGACUCUUAUCCUGAAAACAAAUGUGAGCUCCCUAGGGAUCACCAAGGCAAAGAAGCAGGGUCUUGUGGCAUGCCUAAAGAUCCUAUUCCCCUUACUGACAAGUCAACAAAGGGGGACCUAUUUGCAGGUGAUAUUAUUGAUUUACAGUCCCGACGUCCCAUAUCGAAUGAUCCAAUUUCCAGUGUGAAAUCGGUACCUUCCAAGCCCGAGAAGGUCGAGAAGCCUGCUUCUAAGAAAGAUGCAUCAGCAGCUCGUAAGAGAAAUUAUGAUCCGGAUUUAUUUUUCAAGGUUAAUGGAAAGCUCUAUCAAAGGCUUGGAAAGAUAGGCAGUGGAGGAAGUAGCGAGGUCCACAAAGUCAUUUCUCAGGAUUGCACAAUCUAUGCAUUGAAAAAAAUAAAGCUUAAAGGGCGUGACUAUGCGACUGCAUAUGGGUUCUGUCAGGAAAUUGAAUAUUUAAACAAACUCAAGGGAAAAGACCACAUCAUCCAACUCAUUGAUUAUGAGGUGACAGAUAAGGUUUUGCUCAAGGAAGUCAUGAGUGGUUCCAUGAGUAACAAGGAUGGCAGAGUCAAGGAAGAUGGCUGUAUAUACAUGGUACUUGAGUAUGGUGAAAUUGAUUUAGCUCACAUGUUGUCCCAGAAGUGGAGGGAACUGGACAGUUCCAAGUCAACCAUAGAUGAGAACUGGCUUCGUUUUUACUGGCAGCAAAUACUUUUAGCUGUUAAAACCAUACACGAGGAACGUAUUGUGCACUCGGACUUGAAGCCAGCUAAUUUUCUCCUUGUCAGAGGCUCGCUGAAACUAAUUGAUUUUGGUAUUGCAAAAGCUAUUUUGAGCGACACCACAAACAUUCAACGAGAUUCUCAGGUGGGUACGCUGAGUUACAUGUCCCCUGAGGCAUUCAUGUGCAACGAAACAGAUGCAAAUGGAAAUACCAUCAAGUGUGGUCGUCCAUCGGAUAUUUGGUCACUUGGUUGCAUCCUGUACCAAAUGGUAUAUGGAAGAACGCCCUUUGCAGACUACACAACUUUUUGGGCGAAAUUCAAAGUCAUUACAGAUCCAAAUUACGAAAUCCCUUAUGAACCACUAUCGAAUCUUUGGCUUCUUGAUCUAAUAAAGAAAUGCCUUUCAUGGGAUCGAAAGGAAAGAUGGACAAUUCCGCAACUUCUUCAACAUCCUUUCCUGGUUCCUCCGAUUCCACCUCGGGUAUCUAAUGAUCACCGUAAUCUUAUUCAUUUGGUUGCUGAUUCUUGCAGCGAAGAUCCAAAAGCAAAAAUGCUAUGUUCCCAACUCCAACAGUUGGUAAGUGACCCGGUACCAGAUAUAAAAUCUGGAAGUUCAAUUACAAUAGAUGAAAGAUGUAGAUUGCUUGAUGAAAUGUCGAAGCUCUGUUUGCAACUCAAGAAACGACUCGAAAUGUGAUUAAUGGAGGUAAUGGCGAAUUCUAUUGGUUCUGUGUGUACAAGUUUGUAUUUUGUGAUUAUGGAGUAUGGUUAGGUGGAUGUUGUGUUGAUCAUGUAUUAUCAAACAAUUUGAUGUUGAAAAAAGAUGAAGAUCUCGCACACUUUUGUCGUUUUUCGAUAUUUUCAGUUCCAAAGGA